AUGCCCCUAGACUACAACAGCUGCAAUAGCCCUGUUAUCGUAUGGUCCACCGGAGGAGAGGUGAGUGCUCCAAGAACUUCAUUUAGACGACCAUCACAUCCGUUCUAUAAGUUUUUAUUUGAUUUUUUUAUCAGCCUGCAAGAUUUCCAGAGUUCUAUGACCCUCAAUUCAGUGACAUUUGAUGGAGAAAGGGAGCCAGCCCACGUCGGACGCCCCCUGGUCCCCGAAGUGGGUGAAUAUGCCUUCUUCCUGGUGGAGGCACACUAUGACAACGCCCCCAAGGCAGACAGCAUGAGCGUGGAGUGGGGCAUCGACGUCUACUACACGGAUCAAUUACGAGAGUUCGAAUCGGCCUCGAUGUUCGUAGGCAACACUGUAAACUUCGCGCUGGUGGUCCCUCCGGCCAGAGACCACUGGACCACAACCGGCCACUGUCCCGCCGGAUGUCUGUUGGACGGAAUACCUGAGACCGGCAUCAAGGUGUACCAGGUCCUUCUGAAAGCACACGAGCUCGCUCGUGGCAUCCGGGUACGACACUUCCGAGACGACCAGGAGCUCCCGCCGCUCGCCCUCGACGACUUCUACGACUCCAGCUUCCAACAGGCCGUACGACUGGAGGAGGAGAGGACUAUCCUUCCGAGCGACCACAUCACCGCAGAAUGCACUUACGACAGCAGCGGGCGAUCCAACACCACUUUUUCGGGCUACGGCGCAUUCGACGAGGUCUGCCAGGCGGUCCUCUCCUACUACCCACGCCACACGUUGGUCGAAUGCACCUCCUCCACGUACCACAGCAUCCUGAAGGAGGUGCUGGGGAUAAAACAGCUGCAGAACGAACAGAACCUCCUGGCCAUAAAGCUCAAGACCAGCUACCCCGACGCCGCCCCCUACGCCCCCCCUGAGCUCGAGUGCCCCAGGAUGCUCGGGCAGAAGGUCCAGCACGCCGGGGCCUCUUCCUCCGUCAGCGCCUUCUCCUGUCUCCUCCUGACGGGCCCUGUCCUCCUCGCGGUCCUCUGGCAGUAG